UGGCCAGAAUAUCACUGUAGUAUGAGGCUACUUUCCUUUUUGUGAGAGGCCCACCCUUUGCAUAACUGGCACUCUUGGCUAUUAUUUAGCCUGUAUUUCCUUCAUUCCUAAUUUUUUAAAGCACUGUGGCUUGUACAUUCCUAAUUCUUAAUAUUGUCUCCUAAACAUGCAGACAAGCACACGUCUUAUAGGCUAAGGAGGUCGUAGUUAGCAGAAGCCUUUAAAAGUAGCACCUUGCUCCUCCACUGGAUGGUUUGAGCUGCAGGGACAGCUGCUCUUUGGUCUUCAGCUGACCUCAGAAACUAGAAAUACUUAUUUCAGGCUCUGUCCUAUUGGCCACUUUGGUCAGGGGUGGAAAGCACCUGUCAGGUGUUACCUUGAGACUGACUGGGCUAACAAACUUCCACAAGCUCUGUGGUCGAAAAGUAGCCCCGUCCUAAGCCUACCUUGGCUUGGCGUCUGAAUUACAGCAGACGUCGAGUGCCCCCUGGGUGCGAAGCUUGGUAUUAGGCAAAUAAGGGUGGUUGCUCUCCUAGGCGCUAUCACCUCAACCCCACUUUUUUUUUGGUUCGAGACAGGGUCUCGUUCUGUCACCCAGGAUGGGGUGCAGUGGCACCCUCAUGGUGACUCACUGCAGCCUCGAUAUCUGGUGAUCCUCCCGCCUCAGCCUCGAGUAGCUGGGACCACAGGAGCGCGCCACCACGCCUAAUUUUUUUGUACUUUAUUUGCAGAGAUGGGGUUUCAUGUUGCCCAGGCUGAUCUCGAAUUCCCGGGCUCAAGCGAUCCGCCCGCUUCGGCCCCUCAAAGUGAAGGGAUUACAGGCGUGACAUGCCACCGCGCCCGACCAAGGCGCUUAAUUAGCUUUCUGUUAAGUUUUCACAACCACUUUCCUACCACUACCUACUGUUCCUGUUUUACAAAUGGCAAAACAAACCGACGAAAGGGCACUGGACCAUGGGAUUAGGGCACGUCCCUGUGGGAUAACGUUGAGAUGGUCGCUUUCCCAGAGCGGCAGCUGAUGCCUGAAGCGUCUUCCAAUCCCAACACUCGACCUAACUCAAGGUCACCAGUGCUCAGCUGCAGCAGGAACUGGGUCUCGAAACUUGAAGGCCUUCUCUGCUACAGCCUUCGUUCCCGGGGACAGAAAGGGGAUGUUUCUAAGCCGUAGUACGCCGGCGCCUUCCCAGAAGCCCAUGGUGUGAGCUCCGGCCUGGAUGCGCAAGUUCAGCCCUGAAAUGAACUAUGGUGUUCGGCAGAGGUCGCCUUGUUCUCCUGAAGGCUUCCUCUUCAGCCAAUCACUGCUCGAGGCCCGCCCCCAUAGCCGGAAGGAGCCGUCGCCCCGAGCAACUACAACGUCCGGCUUUCUGAGUUGGGUGGCGGGAAAGGCGAUGAGUAAAGGCCGGGCAGAAGCUGCGGCGGGAGCCGUCGGGAUCCUCCUGAGGUACCUGCAGGAGCAGAACCGGCCCUACAGCGCCCAGGAUGUGUUCGGGAACCUCCAGCGGGAACACGGACUGGGCAAGGCGGUGGUGGUGAAGACGCUGGAGCAGCUGGCGCAACAAGGCAAGAUCAAAGAGAAGAUGUACGGCAAGCAGAAGAUCUAUUUUGCGGAUCAGGACCAGUUUGACAUGGUGAGUGAUGCAGACCUUCGAGGCCUAGAUGCCAAAAUCGUGGCCCUCACUGCUAAGGUGCAGAGCCUGCAGCAGAGCUGCCGCUACAUGGAGGCUGAGCUCAAGGAGUUAUCUAGUGCCUUGACCACACCGGAGAUGCAGAAAGAAAUCCAGGCGUUAAAGAAGGAAUGUGCUGGCUAUAGAGAGAGACUGAAGAACAUUAAAGCAGCUACUAAUCAUGUGACUCCAGAAGAGAAAGAGCAGGUAUACAGAGAGAGGCAGAAGUACUGUAAGGAGUGGAGGAAGAGGAAGAGGAUGCCACUGACCAAUGCUGCCCAUCUUAAAAGGCGUGGUUUUAUUUCUCGUCAGGCUACAGAGCUGUCUGAUGCAAUCCUUGAAGGAUACCCCAAGAGCAAGAAGCAGUUCUUUGAGGAAGUUGGGAUAGAGACAGAUGAAGAUUGCAACGUCACACUCCCAGACCCCUGAGGGGCCCAUGGUGGGGACUGCAGGAUGUCGAAGUCUGAGAUGUCCUGGACUGGCUGCCUUGUUUCGGUUGGCUUUUGUUGUUGUUCCUGCUGCUUUUCACCUUUGAGCAGAGCAGUCAGGAGACGGGCAUAAACCAGAGCAGUGGGUGGAGGAUGAGGGCUGAUGGCUGGGGGUGGACCCAGCCCAUUUCAUUGUCUACAAUGCAGUACCUUGAGCUUAACACUUACACACGGAACAAUGCUGAAAGAAAGCAUUUGGCAAUAUUUAUUGUAAUUUAAUUUGAUAUAAAAAUAUUUAAUUUCCUCUGCGUAGUCAAACCUGCCAGAUACCAAACCUGAGGAAGGCAGAAGUGAACCUGGAGGACUAGGGUAGAGUGACGUUGCUAUAAACCAGAAUUUGGAGGGCCCAAGGCCUCCCUUCACUCAGGACUCUGGUGGACUUGUGUACCCCAGGAAGCCUUUCACAUACCUUCUGUACCCUAAGUCCUGGGAGAAAUGCAGGCAACACUGAGACAUGGGAGGGGCAUAGAUAUGCUUGACAGAAAGCCUGGGUGGUGGUUUUGAGCCCCAGUUAGUAUUUCAAAAUUGUAACUAUAGCAAAACUGCAUUGGUUUUAGAAAAAUAAAUUUCAAAUAUUUUUA